AAAACAGCACUUGGUUGUUAACAACCAAUUAAAUGGUAGUUUCUGGCUCAUAUCAGGAUGUCAUAUCAUGUCCUAAUCUGAGAAGAACAGAAAAGCAGAGAGUAGAAGGGUGAGAAGAGUCAUUUGUUCAUUUGUAUUCAAAAUUCCACAGAGACUCUUGGAUUAGAGCAGGAAGGGUGUGGUUUGCUCUGUCAGUUGAAUUAUGAGAAAUCACGCAGUCUGGAAACCAGCUACUGAUUGUCAAUGCUGAACUGAAGCAGAAGAGUGGAAGCCUGGGUAAAUCACACAAAGACUGAGAGCUAAACAAAUGGGUGAGGCAAGGUUAUCAGUUUUUCAUUAGGACAUUCCUAGAAUGAGUGCACAAGCUCUUUUCAUUGGCAGAAACCAAAUGUCUGUUCACAUAUUCAGCAGCAGCAAGGAAAAUCUGCUUCUAACAUUUAUCGAAUGCCAUAAAACAAAAUCAUGACAUCUACUGGAGGGGACUUUACAAAGGUUCGGUGGCUAUGCACCAUUAUUGGAUUGAUUUUCUAUCUAGGAGACAUUGGAUCAGAUCUCUUGUUAACUGUACAGUAUUUUAGAGCUGGACAUCUCACCUGGGCUGCACUGACUCUUGUGUUUAUUCUGAGCGGAUCUUUAUGCGUACAGAUAUUCAGCUAUGUGUGGUUUAAAGAUGACAAGAGAGAUGGUAAAGAGGACAACCUGCCCACUGGCCAUCUGAUUGGGAUACAUGUACUGCAGAUAGGCAUUAUUACAAGGUAUUUCAGUCUGCUGAAGAAGAGUUUUAAAGCCCUUUGGUUCAACCAGGUCCAGUCACGGCUUUUCGACCUCGCAACAGAUCUGAGCAUGCUCCGCUUGUUCGAAACGUUCCUUGAGAGUGUUCCUCAACUUGUCCUGCAGCUAUAUAUAAUACUGGAGCACAACCAUCGCUCUACUCUGCAAUAUAUCAGCAUGGCCGUGUCUUUCCUCAACAUCGCUUGGUCAACGGUGGAUUAUCGUCGCUGUUUACGCCGUUCUCUACCUCACGUUAAUGAGAUGCCUUGUGGUAUCCCCACAGUUGUGUAUCUGCUCUACAAGGUUACAUUAUGACACUGGUGGUUUUGCCUCAUAGCUGGAGAAUUCACUAGAAGGGGAACGCUGGAGCACGAAUUGGUGUGGUACGUAAGGGCACUACAGGUUCUUUAAUCAGGGCACACAUGCUAACAAAUUUGGCCUGGCAGUGACAGACUGGCGAAAGAGGAAAGUUUAAUUAAAUCCAAUCACUUUCUUUCUGAUCACAGAGUGGCACUACAUUUCUCCCGGAAAAUCUUUAAAUAAAGUCCACAUGGAGCGGGUGAGAUAUACGUAACUGCACUUUCUUUCUGAAAAAACUCUUUUGGAUCCAAGUAUAAAAAGUGGUGUAUAGCCCCAACUGGAAAAAAUUCUUAAACCAGCUGUAAAAUCAGCAAACAGACUGGCCUGCAAGCUGGGAGACCAGGUAAGACCAGUAAUCCAGCUCAGGCCAGUCUAAACUGGAGGGUUAUUCAGCAGAGGCAACAAUGGCAGUUGGGACUUUUUUUUAAGUGCCAUUUUUUUGAAGGUGGGCUGAGUUGGCAUGCAUUCUGUGUGUGUGUGUGUGUGUGUGUGUGUGUGUGUGUGUGUGUGUGUGUGUGUUUGGGGAGUUGUGGGGGGUUAGAGAAAGGAAAGGCAAUCUGUGUUGUAGCAUAGCUAUGGUGAGGUCAGUCAUUACCAGAGACCUGACACUGCCUGUUUUCAUAUGCCAGAGAAACAAGGCAAAAGCAGAGCACUCAAAAUGGAGCACAUCACUACUGCUCUAAGGUGGGCUGUGUCACAAACUACACAUACUCACACCUGGAAUUCAUUCACAGGAUGUUAAAGAUCAUAUACAUACAGAGCAGGAACACACACAGACAGAGUUGCACAUACAUGCACAUGUAAACUAACACAUUCUGUGUUUUGUAUUUAGCUUAAAUUAUAGAAUUAUGAGGGUAAUGUCUUUGAGCUAGACAGUACAUCUGCUCUGUCAAUGAAUUCUGGUUUUGAUUUCAUUCCAGUAGAUCAGUCAUCAAUUAAUUGAAAACGGUUUGGAAAAGAAAAAAAAUGUUUUAUAAGCGACAUGUUCCAUGGCAAAAAGGAUCCUAAUGGCAGAACAAAUGAAGACAAAUGUCUGCCCUUGGCUGUGUCAAAUCAAAAAUAAAAAUGUACAUUCCUCUAAAUAGGUUUAUUUGUUCAUGGUAAUUAACAAUGUCUCAUUUAUAGAAUGUUUACUUUUAAACCAGCACAUUAAUUAAUGAUUGCCAUAGUAUGGUUGCUUCUUGGGCCAAAUAAAACUAUGAAUGUGUUAUUUCAGGUUAAUUCUGCUGGCAGUGUAUGGUCUUUUUAAGCAGAACAAUGACGUUUCAAGGCAUUGUUCACCUUAUUAAUCAAUUUGCUUUUCAACAUGCAAUUUAAAAAGAGUGAAAAAUUAAUCAGAGCAAUCAGAAAAAUGAAAACUUGCAAUUCUAUAAAAUUACACUUUCAACAACUCUGAGAACUUAUACUGUAUGUCACAGUGACCAUUUUCAUUGACAAAUUCAAAAGGUUAUAAAGUUUAUAAAACAUAGACAGUCUUUUAUUAAGUAAUGUGGUAAUAGAGCUGUUCAGCAUGUAGUCCAAAAACCCGGAAGAGUAUUCAGCUGAAUUACUGACAAGCAGCAUGCCCUGCAUUCAGAUAUUUUUGCAUCACAUCAAGUAUAUUAGGCCACUUCUAUUAAAUGAAUAGGAGAAUCUGAAAUGGCCAUCGGUAAACAAAUGUAAAAAGGAAGUCCUGCCUUAAAGGUAAAAGAGCCAAUCACCUUUUAGAUACUUAUAUCGUCUGUCAAUCAACUUGGAAACUUGCAUGCGCAUAAGAUAUAGAACUGCAUAUUUUUUUUUUUAUUUAGCUUAAUCUGAGGUAAAGAAGCACAAUUUAUGAUUCCAGUGUUGUCACAUUUUACUGCUGACUUUAAAUAUGUUCUUUGAUUGUAAUAUUGACCAACUGUUUUGGAGAUUUGUUGGUCAUGGCAAUGUGUGUCACUGUCUCCUGCAUAUCACGGCCCCCUUCGGCAUAUCGCGGUACUAUUUCGCAGCCCCCUUCAGCUUAUCGUGGCCCCCUUCGGCAUAUCACGGUACUAUUUCACGGCCCCCUUCAGCUUAUCGUGGCCCCCUUCGGCAUAUCGCAGCCCACUUUGCCAUAUUUGCAGCCCGGAAAAUUCCCAGUGCUUCCGAUGGCCAGUCUGAAUCUGGUCCCGGGUUGUGAUAGCUGUUUGUAGUUGUAGUUUUUAGUUGCACACAGAAGACUGUUUGUUGUUGGUAGCGGUGACUGUUAUGGUUUACUUAAAUAAAUAAAUAACUGAAAUGUUUACCCAUCCUUUUAUUUAUCAUAACGUUACUGUUUUUUGAAGUGUAUUGUGUUGUUGAAAAUAUUUAUGUACUUUUUUACAAUGUUUCAUUGUGUGAAAUGAA